AUGGUAAAACUGCGCACACUGAUUACUGAUAUUACCACCAAAUUUGGCACAUACUACAUUCCCAAUAAAGCACUCAGUUUGGAUGAAGGAACAAUGUCGUGGCGUGGUCGUUUAUCCUUCAAAGUUUACAAUCCAAAUAAACCAGAUAAGUAUGGGGUAAAGUUGUACAUGCUGGCUGAGGCAGGGUCUGGCUACAUAAUUGACUUUGAGGUGUAUGCCGGAGUUGGUAAGACAACAGUGGAGACAGUGAUGUGCUUGAUGCAGCCAUUAUUGCACAAGGGUUAUCAUCUCUAUAUGGACAAUUACUAUAACUCUGUCCAUCUCACAGAAUUGCUACGGGAACAUGGUGUGUACACUUGUGGAACAAUCAGAUUGCAGCGUGGCGCCCCCUAA